AUGUUUUGUCUGACAACGGGGCUACUUAGGACUCAAAAGAAGAUCAUACUCGUUUUCCUUCUCUCACUGGGCGCAUUUGCGUGUAUUGCUGGUAUUGUUCGUCUGGUGUAUGUUAUCAAACUAUACACCACUGAAGACGCUUCCUGGAAUACGGCUUUCGUCUCGAUCUCUUCAACCGUAGAGAUAUGCUGCGCAAUUAUUGCGGCGAGUAUCCCGCCGACGAAAGUCUUCGUGGAUCGGUUGUUCCCGAAUCUCAUCAGCAGCACACGACAAGGCACGAGUUAUUGA